AUGGGUGUGAUUGCUAUCUGCAUUGUUUCGCUUAGAGGAGAGAUUGGGUGCAUCGUGAAGAGCUCUCUUGUCUCAUACCACCGUAUUUCAUCUCUGCUGCGAUCCUUCUCCGAUACCAUGGAGGAUAUCCGUAUAUCUUGCCGCAGUGCCAAUCGUAGUGUCUUGGGAGGAAAGCAGAUCGAGGACGUGUUCCCCAUCGCCCAGCCCAUUCCCAUGGUGGUUGGUGCGUAUCGUUUGCUGUAUCAGCUGAUUAACGAUUUCUACAUUGUGGUCGUGGAUCUGGACCACCACUCGCCGUUCCUUGCGAUGGAUGUUCUGAGCAAGGUGCGCGAGGUCAUUUACCAAGUCAUGAAGGGCAAUCCCGAGUAUAAACUGGUGGAGAUGAACAAGAUUGUGUUCUACUACGCCUUCCGUCGCUGCAUCAACGGCAUGGAAGGUCUCUCCGUGCUGGACACGCCUCUUCGACAGAUUCGCCUGGCCAACGACCCUCUCUUCAGCGAGUACACCACCGACAACACUCUCUACGACAUCAACGACAUCAAUCAUGAGCGCGAGAUCUCCCACGAGCUCCAGGACUACCGUCUCGACGCCUGGGACGCCGUUCUGCAGAUGGACUGCCGUCUCCCCGCGGAAAUCAAGCGCAUCGCGAAGCAGGACCAGAAGAAGGAGCCGUACGACGAAUUCUUCGACGUGACCACGGAGCUGCCGAACCACCUGGUCCCCGCGACCGCCGUGACGCCGAUGGCGGAGCUGAUCGUCGACGAGUCCUUCGAGGCGGGUCCGGCCAUGCAGCGUCUCACCGCGGUGGAAUCGGCGCUCGGCGCGACGCUCACGCCGCAGGACUUCGCCGCGUUCCGCGCCGAGCCGCUGCUGCCCGCGUCGGCGGCGGUGUGCAGGCCGCUGGGGCUGGACGCGGAGGGCCGGGAGAAGGAGGCGGAGGCGGAGGACGCGGCCGGCGCGGCGGAGGAGAAGGAGGAGGAGGACGUGGAACUCGCCGUCGGCGCGGCGGAACCCAUCGCCGUGGGCGUGCCGGCGCCCAACGCGGGCGGCAGAGCCGUCAACGUGGACACGGGCAGCGAGGUGAAGACCGCCGACGCGAACGUCGCUGCGGUGCCCGCGGCUCCCACGGCUCCCGCGGGAAAGGAAGCGGUGGGCGAGGAAGCGGAGGCGGAGGAACUGAACGUGGUGCAGGUGAGUGGAACCGUGGAAGAAACGGUGAAAGCCUUACAGACUCCCGAGGGAAUCGCGAAGGUGCUGCUGGAGGGAACCAUCGCGGUGCGACCCUUCGGCAUCGCCGGCGACCUCACCGCCAUCCCGCUCAUCAUCCGCAAUGCCGCCUACACCUUCACGCCGAUCAACGGCGUGUGCGAGCUGGUCAAGGACGACGGCCCGGUCAAGACGUUCCGCGUGAAACUCCCGCUGAACACGACGGAACCGCGGGAAGUGCUGCGGUACGAGGGACCGAUGGCGGCGGAGAGCGCGCCGCUGACCGCGCGGCCGCUGUCGCUGCGCGAGGGCAACGUGACGACGGUGAAUAUGGCGGUGAACGCGAGCGCGCGGCUGCAGGCGGAGAUCACGGCGAUGAACUUAAUGAUCGCCCCGCCCCUGCUGAACGAGAAGGGCGAUGGCACGAAGCCGCACGGCAUCAACCCGAAGGGCGCGUUCCUGAAGCAGUCGCAGCGAAUUCGAUGGAAGGAUCAGAUCGUCGACAUCGGCGCAGAAGUCGUCUAUGCCGGGCAGUUGAUCGAGACGGUCGAGCCGGAGCGCAAGGACAAGCGGGACUGGGAGUAUUGCCAGGCCAGCGCCGACGGACAGUUCCUGGGCAUCUUGUCGGGCAUCUCGCCGGCGAUCGGGGAGGACGUGGACGAGCACUUGCACUGCACGUACCAGAAGCACGAGUUCCUUGCGUCGAGCCACUUCAAGUAUCAGUUCAAGCCGUAG